AUGUAUUUUGGGCUAUCUCCUAUAGCUAUUAGAAAAUUAGCUUUUGAUUUUUCUCAGAAACUAAAUUUAAAAGUCCCAAAAACUUUGACUGAUAAAAAUCAGGCAGGAAUUGAUUGGUUUUCGGCCUUCUUAAAAAGAAACCCAACACUAUCUAUUCGCCAGCCAGAAGCAACUAGCAUAUCAAGAGCUAUGAAUUUUAACCGAGCCAAUGUUAAAUUAUUCAUGGAUAAAUAUGAGUCUGUUAUGUUAAAAUAUAAAUUUGAAGCACAACACAUUUACAAUUUAGAUGGAACAGGAAUAACAACUGUCCAAAAUACUGAAAAAGUAGUAGCACUUCAAGGGAAAAAACAAAUCGGAGCCAUUACGUCUGGUGAAUGUGGGACAUUGGUUACCAUGUGUUUGGCUGUCAAUGCUACAGGUAAUUUUAUUCCACCCAUGUUUAUUUUUCCCAGAGUCAACUAUAAAGAUUUUUUCAUAAGAGGUGGUCCUGCUGGUUGUAUCGGUGCUUCUAACAAAUCAGGGUGGAUGCAGGGGGAAAAGUUUCUAACAUUUAUGAAGCAUUUCGCAAAUCAUGUAAGACCUUCAGUUGAUAGAAAAAUACUUGUGUUAUUGGAUAACCAUGAGCCUCAUUUAUUUUUGCCUGUUAUUGAUUUUUGUAGAUCAGUAGGAAUAGUUUUAUUAUCUUUCCCUUCUCACUGCUCUCAUAAACUCCGGCCACUGGAUCGAUCAGUUUAUGGACCGUUUAAAAAGUUUAUUAAUCAAAAUAUGACUGUUUGGAUGUACAAUAAUCCUGGAAAGAGAAUAACCAUAUACGAUAUACCCCAUAUUUCUUCCGGAGCUAUAAUUUGUGCUGCUACUCCCAAAAACAUAUUAAAUGGUUUUUCAGUAUCAGGGAUUUGGCCUUUUAACAGAGAUGCAUUUAGUGAAGAUGAGUAUGCGCCAUCAUCUGUAACAGACAUAAUGAUAGACAUACAGGCUCAGACAUCCUCAGAACCACCAUCAGAAACAUUGAUAUCACCAGAACAAAAUAAAACCAUACCCGAAAGUACAAUUUCAAGAAAAAGCUUUAAAGGAGGUAGAAAAAAAGGGAAGACAGCAAUACUGACAGACACUCCUGAAAAAAUAGAACUUGAAAAUAAAGUAACCAAUACUGCUAAAAGAAGUCUUCAAUUUAAAGAAAAUAACAAAACACCUAAAAAAGUGAAGAAAUCAAAAACAGUUCCUAAGAAAAAUAAAAAUAAGAUUGUUGAUAGUGAAGAAGAAGAAGAAACUUUUUGUUUAGUUUGUGGAGAUACAUAUUCAAAUAGUAAAAAUAAAGAAACAUGGAUACAGUGUUUGAAGUGUAAAUUAUGGGCACAUGAAAAUUGUACUGAUUCAACAAAAAUGACUGCUUUUUAUAAAUGUGACAACUGUGAGGCAGAUGAGUGA